ACAACAGACAAGAAACCUCUACUUUCUCCUCUCUGUAUAAAAACAAACACAAUCCAUCCAGCCACCCAAUACAAUAUUCUUCUCAACAAACUCCCACCCCACCCCCCACAGAGAAAAUGGAAGAUUUCCACUUCCACUUGCUAUGGCUUCUUCUCUUCUCAUAUAUUCUGUUUGUUCUUCUGCUCAAACUAGUGGUUCAUCUGUGGUGGGCACCAAGGAGAGUUGAGGAUUUCUUCAUGAAACAGGGGAUCAAAGGCCCCAAAUACCAGCUCUUCUUGGGGAAUUUGAAGGAGUUAGCCAGCUUGAAUAUGCUGGCGUCUGCUCAAUCCAUGCCUCCUCUCUCCCACAACAUUCUCCCUAGAGUCCUCUCUUUCUACCACCAUUGGAAGAAGAUAUAUGGCUCCAUGUUCCUGGUGUGGUUUGGGCCAACAGCAAGGCUCACAGUCUCUGACCCAGCCCUAAUCAGAGAGAUCUUCAUCUUGAAAUCAGAGAUGUUUGAGAAGAAUGAGUCACCACCACUGGUGAGGAAAAUUGAAGGUGAUGGUUUGCUGAGCCUCAAGGGGGAGAAAUGGUCCCACCACAGGAAGAUCAUCCAGCCAGCUUUCCACACUGAGAAUCUCAAGUUGAUGAUGCCAAUGAUGGCAAAGAGCAUGGAAGCAGCAGUGAUGAAAUGGAGUGAGGGAAUGUGCAGUGGUGGGGAAGUGGAGGUGGAUGUUUCUGAUUGGUUCCAGAAUCUGGUUGAGGAUGUGAUCACAAGAGCUACUUUUGGGAGAAGCUAUGAGGAAGGGAAAGCCAUUUUUGAGCUGCAAUCUCAGCAGAUGGUCCAUGCCACUGAGGCUUAUCAGAAGGUCUUCAUCCCUGGAUACAGAUUUUUGCCGACUAAAAAGAACAGAAUUUGUUGGAGGCUGGAGAAGGAAAUCCGGAAAUCGCUGCUGAAGCUCAUCGACGGGAGGCGGCGGCGGCGAGGGGAGGAAGGUGCGUCGGAGGAAUGCCCGAACGAUUUGCUGGAGGUGAUGAUUAAGGCGGCGGCGAUCACCCCAAACGACGUCGUGGAGGAGUGCAAAACGAUCUUCUUCGCCGGAAAGCACACCACCGCGAAUCUGCUGACGUGGACGACCGUGCUAUUGGCCAUGCAUCCAGAGUGGCAGGAGCAGGCACGUGACGAGGUCCUCCGCGUGUGCGGGGCACGUGACGACCUCCUCCUCCUCCCUAAGCUCAAAACGCUGGGGAUGAUCCUGAACGAAUCGCUGAGGCUGUACCCGCCGGCGGUGGCGAUAAUCCGGCGGGCGAAGACGGAGGUGCAGCUGGGUGGGGUCCAUGUGCCGCGGGGGACGGAGCUGCUGAUCCCGAUCCUGGCCGUGCACCACGACCCGGCGCUGUGGUGCCACGACCCGCACGAGUUCAAUCCGGGCCGGUUCGCCAAGGGCGUGGCGCACGCCGCGAAGCACCCGAUGGCGUACAUGCCGUUCGGGCUCGGGGCGCGGCGGUGCGUGGGCCAGAAUCUGGCCAUAUUCCAAGCCAAGCUGGCGAUCGCGGUCAUCCUGCGGAGGUUCUCGUUCGAGCUCGCGCCGAGCUACCAGCACGCGCCCUCCGUGCUCAUGCUGCUCCACCCGCAGCACGGCGCGCCCAUUGUGUUUAAAAAGUUAUAGUCUCUCUUUUUUUAAUUUUAAAAAAUUAUGAAAAAAUUAAAAAAGAAAAUUAGAGUGAAGGGCUGUUUGGAGUGACAAAUUUUUUUUUCGCUAAUUAGGGGUGUUUGGAAUUGUUUUACUUUUUUUUUGGGCACCUCUGUUUUUCUUGUUCUGACUUAGGAUUUCGUCUGACCCUUUUGCAGCAGCUCAGCCCUCAAAUUUAAUAGAUUGAUGGUGUUAAUUAGGUCGUUUUUAUCAUGUAUUGAUGAAGUGAUCAAGAAAAUAUAUGUAUCUAUCUUCUCUAUCUUUUGUAUUUGGGGUAUGUAAAUUUUUGGUCUGUUUUUAUGGUUGUACUCAUCUUGGGUUUUGGUAAUUAUAUUGGCAUUUGAGAAUUGGGAUGUA